UCCGACGGAGCUCUUUCUGCUCCGGAUCAGCCCAGUGGGAGCAAUUGAGCAGGGAAGGGGGAGAGCGGGACUGUUUUGCAGCCCACGCGGUAAGCAUGAUUGCUUGUAUUUGGCUGUUCGGAGGCUCGAGUAAGAGGACGUAGCAAGGCUGAGGAUGGGGCUUUCUCCCAAGUGGCUCUCACAAUGGCCAGAGAGGACUCGGUGAAGUGUUUGCGCUGCCUGCUCUAUGCCCUUAAUCUGCUCUUCUGGUUGAUGUCCAUCACAGUGUUAGCAGUUUCUGCCUGGAUGAGGGACUAUCUGAAUAAUGUUCUCACUCUAACUGCAGAAACAAGGGUAGAGGAAGCUGUUGUUUCCACUUAUUUUCCUGUAGUUCAUCCAGUCAUGAUUGCAGUCUGCUGCUUCCUGAUUAUUGUCGGGAUGUUGGGGUAUUGUGGAACAGUAAAAAGAAAUCUUUUGCUGCUUGUAUGGUAUUUUGGAAGUUUGCUUGUGAUAUUCUGUGUUGAACUGGCAUGUGGAGUUUGGACCUAUGAACAAGAAAUUACGGUUCAUGUGCAAUGGUCAGACAUGGUUACUUUAAAAUCCAGAAUGACCAAUUAUGGCUUACCCAGAUAUCAGUGGCUUACUCAUGCCUGGAAUUUCUUUCAGAGAGAGUUUAAAUGCUGUGGAGUAGUUUACUUCACUGACUGGUUGGAAAUGACAGAAAUGGAUUGGCCUCCUGAUUCUUGUUGCGUAAGAGAGUUCCCAGGAUGCUCAAAGCAGGCCCACCAAGAGGAUCUUAGUGACCUUUAUCAGGAGGGUUGUGGUAAAAAGAUGUACACUUUCUUGAGGGGAACCAAGCAACUGCAGGUGCUCCGAUUUCUUGGAAUCUCUAUUGGGGUUACCCAAAUUCUGGCUAUGAUUCUUACUAUUACUUUGCUGUGGGCUCUAUAUUACGACCGACGGGAUCCAGGGACAGAUCAGAUGCUGUCCUUGAAGAAUGACACCGCCCAGCACCUGUCAUGUCAUUCAGUGGAGCUGCUGAAACCCAGCCUGACGAGGAUCUUCGAGCACACAUCCGUGGCAAACAGCUUUAACACACACUUUGAAAUGGAGGAGCUGUAGGCUGAUGAAACAGUUCCAAGAGUCACUGCAGUCUCUUUCUGUUUUCUAAGUGCACCAUUCUAAUUAAUCUGUAUUAGAAAAGAAAGCAGACAACAAUGACAUUGGUAUGGACAGGCGAGGAUCAUGCCUUCUGCCUCUUAAAACUGUGUUGUGGUUCUAACCCUACUGCUCUUUUAUUACUUUUGAGUAAAUUGGCUCUUCUCUAUGUGUGCACAUUUGGUAGAACUGUGCAUGUUAUGAAUACUGUUCUGCUCAUUUCUACGGAAAGCAACACAGCAUUUUUAAAGAAGCAGCAUUUUCACAAAAAGAUCAGUCCUUUAUAGGAGAAGGAUGGACAACUGGUUUCACACACUGAAAGCCUUACUGAGAAUAUAUCAGGAAUGGAGGGCCAUGGCUAAUCAUGGUUUGUCAGCUGAAUGUAACUUAAGUAACUUUUGUAUCAUUGCGAAGAAAUGUUGGAUGGCAAACCUCAUAUGUUGGGAAAUGUUGCACUGUGAUAGGCUUAUUCUGGAAUUUAUUGCAUCGCUCAGAGUCAAUCCUUUUGAAAUCCUGAAUAUGUUUGUAAAAGCUGUGAGGUUAGAAAAACAGGGAUAGCUUUCACUUGCCUCCAUGCUUCUGAGCUUUUAGAAAGUAUUAAUCCUUUUCAAACUAAUCAGCCCAAUCGUGAGGGCUGGAAACUUGGAAAUGUGGCAUUUUUAGGAUUUAGCAGGAACACAUAACCCUUAGACAAACAGCUAGUGAUGCAAGGGAGAAAAACUUUCAGAGGGGUGCUUAUCUUUAUAUGAGGGAUGCACAUUUCCAUUGGGACAGGGAGGUGGACUGAAAAGGUCACUGAUGUCCUUAUGUUAGGAUACUAAUGUCCACAUUGCACUGGUUAUAUGCAUAGGAGAAUGGUAGCGUGUGUGCAUGUUAUUCAGAAGAUGUGCACCCAGCUCCAUGUGUGUCUGCUGCUGGGGUACAGUUGCAUUCAGUGCAGACUACACAUACACAAGUAGAAUGUUCUUUGGUUUGGUGUAGUUAGGAGCAUGGACUCUAAUCUGGGAGAACUGGGUUUGAUUCCCA